AUGGCAGUGCCAAGAACACACAGGGUCCGCGCGUAUGGUCCUGGAAUCGAACCCAGCGGCCCCGUCGUGGCCGCGCCCGCCAACUUCACCGUCGAGACCUUCUCGGCCGGCAAGGGCAAGGUGGAGGUCACCGUGGAGGGGCCGAACGGACAGCCCAUCCCGUGCGAGGUCCGCUUCAACAACGACCGCAGCCUGACGUACAGCUGCUCGUACACGCCCAAGGUGGAGGGCAACCACAAGGUGUACGUGAGGUUCGCCGGCAGGGAGAUCCCCAAGUCGCCGUACCCGGUGCUGGUCGAGGGCCACGCCGGCGACGCCAGCAAGGUGACGGCCGCCGGGCCGGGGCUCCAGCCCGAGGGCAACAUGGUCAACAGGCCCACGUACUUUGACAUCUCCACUAAAGACGCAGGCCGUGGCGUCCCCGAGGUGAUCAUCGUGGACCCCGCCGGCCACAAGAACACCGUACCCGUAAACCUCCGCCAGAUCUCCCCCGACCAGUGGCGUUGCGAGUACGUGUCGCCCAACGUGGGGCUGCACUCCGUCAACGUGUUCUUCGCCGGCCAGCCCAUCCCCAACAACCCGUUCGGCGUGAGAGUGUCACCAGUGUCGGACGCCCGCAAGGUGCGCUGCGCCGGCCGCGGCAUUCAGCCCAACGGCGUGCGGGUCCGGGACGCGGCCGACUUCAAGAUCUACACGGAGGGGGCGGGCGAGGGGACGCCCGAGGUGCGCGUCAUCGGCCCCGGCGGCAUCAACGAGCCCGUGAGGCUCACCAAGGCUGACGGGCCCGCGGGCGGGCCGGCCGGCACCUACCAGGCCGUGUACACCCCGCGCAAGGAGGGCCGCCACGUCGUGAUGGUGACGUUCGCCGGGCAGGAGGUGCCACGCUCACCCUUCGAGGUGAACGUGGGCCCGGUCAAGAACACCAACAUCAAGGCCUACGGGCCCGGCCUCAAGGGUGGCGUUGUCGGCUAUCCUGCCCUCUUCACGGUGGACACCAACGGCGAGGCGGGCGCGCUGGGCUUCAGCAUCGAGGGGCCCUCGCAGGCCAAGAUCGACUGCCACGACAACGGUGACGGGUCCGCCGACGUGCGCUACUACCCGACGGCGCCCGGGGAGUACGCCGUGCACAUCCUGUGCGACAACGAGGACAUCCCCGGCUCGCCCUACAUGGCCCAGAUCCUGCCCAGCACCGACUACUUCCCCGACCGCGUGGUCUGCCAGGGCAAGGGCGUGGAGCGCGACGGCACUCACAAGGGCAAGCCCACCGAGUUCACCGUCGACACCCGCAAGGCCGGCAAUGCUCCCCUCGACGUCCAGGUGGUGGACUCCCGAGGAGACAACGUAGACGUCGGCGUCCGGGACAACAGGGACGGCACUUACGUCUGCAACUACACCCCCAAGCUCGGCGGCAAGCACCAGGUUCAGGUCAACUACGGAGGCGUGGCCACCAAGAACAGCCCGUACAGGGUGUACGCCGCGCAGCCCCUCAACCCCAAGGCCGUGUCCGUGUUCGGCCCCGGCGUGGAGAACGGCGUUAAGACCAACACGCCCACACACUUCAACAUUGACUGCCGCGAUGCUGGCGAGGGUAAGGCAACCCACCGGAGGACCACGCUGGCUCACAAAGUGUUGCCGCUCUCUGCAGGCGAGGUGCAGAUCGCGGUGAGCAACGAGAAGGGCCAGGACCUGCCCGCCACGCUGCUGGACAACGAGGACGGCACGUACCGCGUGGACUACUGCGCCGCCAGCCCGGGCCCGCACACCAUCACGGUGCUGUACGGCGGCCAGUCCGUGCCGCGCAGCCCCAUCCGCGUGGCAGUGCAGCCGCACGUGGACGUGUCCAAGAUCAGGGUGGACGGCCUGGAGCCCACCGCCCCCAUCAACAGCCUGCAGCAGUUCCGCGUGCUGGCGCCGCCGGGCGUGGCCCGCUCGGCGGACCUGGCCGUGGCCAUCACCAGCCCGUCCGGGAGCCGCAUCAAGGCGCACGUCGUGCCCACGCACGAGGGCUUCCUCGUCAACUUCACGCCCACCGAGCUCGGCGAGUACCUUCUGUCCGUGUCGCUGGGCGGGGAGCCCGUGUCCGCGCCCCGCAGCUUCACCUGCCUGUCGGGCAGCGACGCGAGCCGCGUCCGCGCCACGGGGCCCGGCCUCCAGGGCGGCGUCGUCAACAAGCCCGCCGAGUUCGUCAUCGACACGCGCGGCGCGGGCCAGGGCGGCCUCGGCGUCACCGUCGAGGGCCCCUGCGAGGCGGCCAUCAACUGCCGCGACAACGGGGACGGCACCUGCUCCGUGGCGUACCUGCCCACCGAGCUCGGCGACUACUCCAUCAACAUCACCUUCAACGAGCAGCACAUCCCCGGCUCGCCCUUCCAGGCCGCGGUCUGCUCCGAGAAAGACCUGCAGCACAUCAAGGUGUCCGGGACUGGCAUCCAGCCCAACGGCGUGUUCGUGGACUCCCCCACCGACUUCGUGGUGGACACUCGCUCACUGGCAAAGCGCGACGACGGCCGGGUGACGUGCACCAUCACGAACCCGAGCGGCGGCCUCGUCGAGAACCUGGUGACGGCCCAGCCGGACGGCACCUACCGCAUCAGCUACACGCCCUUCGAAGAAGGUCGACACACCAUCGACAUCCUGUGCGACGGCAUCCCCGUCCCCGGGUCGCCGUACGUGGUCAACGUCCGGGGAGGAUGCGACCCGAAGCGCUGCCGCGCCUUCGGCCCCGGCCUGGAGAGGGGCGUCAUGGACAUCCCCAACGUGUUCACGGUGGAGACCAAGGGCGCGGGCAAGGGCGGCCUCGGGCUGGCCAUCGAGGGCCCCUCCGAGGCCAAGAUGACGUGCAAGGACAACCGGGACGGGUCGUGCUCCGUCGAGUACAUCCCCACCGAGCCGGGCGACUACGAUGUCAGCAUCAAGUUUGCCGAAUCUCACAUUCCAGGAUCGCCGUUUAAUGUGACGGUCGACAGGCAGGUGAAUCCUCACCAGGUGUCCGCCUCCGGCCCGGGGCUGGACCCCGCUCAGUGCCGCUCGGGCGCGCCCCUGAACAUCAAGGUGAACGCGAGCAAGUCCGCCAAAGCGCCGCUCGGCGUCAACAUCAGGAGCGACAAAGGCCCGCUGCAGCAGAAGCCCGACGUUCGCGACAACCAGGACGGCACCUACGACGUCAAGUACAUAGCGCCGCCCGAGGGCUCGACCGUCCUCGGCAACAUCACCUGGGACGGCAAGGACAUCGCGGGCAGCCCCUUCCAGAUGAAGGUGCGGCCCAAGGUGGAGCCCGACCGGGUGCGCGUCGACGGCCCCGGCGUCUCCAGCAAGGGCGUGCCCGCCUCCAUCCCCGUAGACUUCGUCAUCGACUCCCGGCAGGCCGGCGUCGGUGACCUCCAAGUCCAGAUUCUGGGCCCGGACGGCUACCCCCGCAAGGUGCAGGUCCGCGACAACGGCGACGGCACGUACACGGCGAGCUACACGCCCGACGACUGCGGCCGCUACAAGAUCAACAUCAAGUACGGCGGCAAGGAGGUGCCCAACUGCCCCAUCAGCGUGCAGGCCUACGCCACCGGCAACGCCGACAAGUGCAAGAUCACGGAGGGCAUCCAGCAGAACCUGACGAGCGGCGAGGAGUACUGCAUCACCGUCAACGCCAAGAACGCUGGCCUCGGGGCGGUCACCUGCAGGAUCAGGUCCACCUCCGGGAGCGACUUGGAUAUCGACAUAGAGGACAACGGUGACGGCACGUUCAGCCUGUACUACACGGUGAAGGACGCUGGCGACUACACUCUGAGCGUCAAGUUCGGCGGCCAGCCCGUCCCCGGCGGCUUCUAUACGUUCACGCUUUGCUGCGCCACUGCGCGCUUCCUGGGUCCUGGUGAUGAUGAUUCGCUUUGA